AUGCCUGAGAGAGCGAGGGAGAUUGCAUUCCAAAUACAAGCGCAAAGACUGCGCACACGCCGCGCGCCUAUUCGUAACCGCGCCUCGCGCCUCACCCACCGCCGUCCACGACCGGCACCUCUACUCGCGGAACUCGUGAACUCACUAACUCCAACGCAGCUCUGCGAUGCGGCUGCGCGCGCACUCACGCCAACAUCGUCCGCUCUCGUCACAUCUCGUUGUAAUUUCGAUAAUUUUAUAAUCAAAUCAAUUAUCAGUUCCGGUGAUGUAAUUAUAAAAUAA